GUCGUGGACAGGGCGUGAAUCAAGACUGUGCUCGCCGACUCCUCACAGCAUCAUCAUCAUGCGACGAGUGAACAUGGUGGCGGGUGUUGUGGUGCUGUGCCUCACGCUGUUGAGCUUGAGUGGAGGAGGGAUCCCUUGGGGCGGAAUCAGAGGCGUGGCCGCACAAGGUACUGCUGGCACGGAUGAAGUCGUGAGAGAGCUGCUUGCCUGCGUCACAGAGUACCAGGACGACUUCAACAACUUUCUUCAAGGAGGAGCAAUACCAAAUGUGUGCUUGGAGGUGACCAGGUUCUCAGGAUGCCUCGUGAACGCCACCUCCGACAAGCCAUCGAUAUCAUCCCAGAAUGUGCGGUUGUUGCUGGGGUUGACCCAAUCCAUGGCUCUCGCUGUCGGCAAGGCGGCGUCGUGCGAAAACAUCCAAGCAUUCCUUUGGGCCGCGUUCUUUCCAGAUGAAGCCGAGGCCGUGCGCCCUGCCGUGCGGCUGAAUCGCUUCGAUGAGCCCGCAAACUGUGUCUUCGCCCAUGCAAACAACCGCUCAAAGCAAAUCAAUCUUGCUCUGGCAUCUGGCAUCUACAACCGGCCUGAUCAGGGCGUCGCUGGUCUCCCACAAGGAUGUGACCGGCAGGAUCGAUGUGACAACUUGUUCCGCGUUAACCCGUGUUUUGACCUGCCCUGCGGCAACACCAACACAUCCGCCGCCUGCCACUAUCGCGAGCUGCGUGACGUCUCUGUUGUCAGGGCUUUCUCCAAUGCAGACAUUGGUGACCCAUCAACGCUGGAGUAUUCGUUUCGCGCCUCAGACAACGCCCUCCGCCUCCAGUACUACGGAGACACUCGCUUCGACGAGCUGCCACUCACGGUGCGUGCAGCAAAGAACGGCACAGCAUGGUGUGUGUGCGCGUGUCCUGGUGCGACCAACUGCUCUGGGCCGCCGCUGCAGACUGCUCCCGACCUGACAUGCAUCAGGAACACGAUUGGCGAGAACUUCAAAGGGUUUCAGUUCAUCUUCGUCAUUCCGUUUGUGCUGCUGGAGCGCCGCCUGUUUACCAAAACACACCUGUUGUGGGGCCUGAUUGGCGUGCCAUACCCGUUCAACUUCCUGGAGAGCAGAUCCCAGCGUCUCGUGUCUGCACUUCUGUUCACCGUCUUUGCGACCUCUCUCUUCAACAAUUUCUUCCAGCUCGCUUUUUCAUCGGACACAUCGUCGUUUGUGGGAACCAUGAAGACGCUUGGAGAAACAUUCCUGCGCUCCCUUCAGUUUUACCCAAUCUUUCUUGCAUCAACCUGUCGUUUCUACUGGUUUGGGGCGAUUAUUGGCAUAUUUGGAUGCAUGAUCUUGAUCUAUGAUGCCAUUGUUGUAGCGUCGUGUUUCCUGGGCACAGUGGUGUAUUUCAUCACCCCUGUCUUCAUCUUCCAGGCCAUUGUUCUGUGUGGUGUCAUCAUUGGUUUUGCCUAUCGUCUCGUUCGCGAUGUGCGAGCGCGUGUGGACGGGCAGUUGACGUGGCUCGAGCCAAGUCGCAAGGAAGGCACCUCUGACGGCCUGAAGCAUCUCGCAUUUUACGAAGAGCAAGUUCGCGACUUGCUCCGCCCCCGCACCCCUGAUGAAGAGGAGCUUGAGCACGAAGAUGAAAACAAGUCAUCCUAUCGCAUUUUGAUCGAGGCAAUUGUCGCCUACUGGCAAUCGUUCAAAACGCAGGCAAAGGCCACACCGCGCAAUGUGCUUGAAACCUUCAAGGAAUCGUUCCGGCUGAGCGCGCGGCUGCUGGCUGUGGGAUGCAUGUCCGUUGGCUGGAGUAUUCUCCUCACCACCAUCGUCAUUCUCGUCUUCCCGCAGCUUGUGGAGCCUGUGUCCCGCUACAUCCUCAACACAGGACCCGAUCUUCGUUGUCGCGCCCUCCCUGGUUACGUCCUCUUCCCCAGCGGCGCAACGCUGACUGCGACGUUUCGGUUCGGGCUGGGCUGCCGCACAAACGAGACCAUCCUGACGGUGGUGUACUGGGUGCUGGUUGGCGCCGCACUCAUCACCAUGCUGACUCAGCUCUUUUUCAUGCUGUCGCUCUUCCUUGGGCACCGCCGCCGCCUUAAAGGUCUCGCCAGGGGCGAUAGGCGUGUCCUUCCACACACUCUUCCGAGUCCUGCGUCUGCCAUUGCGAACAUGGUCAAGUAUCUCGGGUAUCAGAUUGCGCACAUCUACAUGGGCUGGCUCGUCCUGUAUGCCGUCUACUUCAUCAUCCUCGCCAUCAUCGCCGUCUCCAUCGUGUUGCCUAUUCUCGACAUCCUGCCUCGGUCUUUGCUCGACUUUUGGCUCCGACAGCUCGCGUCGUUUGCAUUCGCAUAUGCGUUUGUUCUUCUGCAAAAGCUCCUCGUCUACCUCUUCUUCCUGAUUGACAGUCGCAGUGUCGCUGUUAGGCGCCGGCACUGGUUCUUCAACUUUGACUUUUUCGCGUUUCUCUUCAACGCGGUGGCGGGCGCGUUCAUUUUCCUGCAGCGCUGGGCCUUCACCACCGUCCUUGCUCUUCUCUUCACCUCAAGGCUUGAUAUUCCGUCGCUGCCGCAAGGGUAUGAAUCGUACGACUCGUCGUACACUGUGUAUGUCGGCGUUGUGCUCGUGGAUGCGUUCUACAGCAACCCGAUCGUGAUCACAUUCGUCAGGAUGAUGAUUGAGGGCCGCACAGACUACUCUGGUGACCGCCGCCACAACACCCCACUCGCACACUCGUGCACCUGGACAGCGCCAGUGAGCCUCAGCCCUGAUGGUGACGAUGACGAUGACGGCUUGAGUUAUGCCAUGAACACGGCAGAGCACGACAAGCUGCUCCCUCUAGUGGAGCAGCCCCUCCAGCGCCGCAGCAUGGUGGCGCGUAACCGCUGGUUUGUGGCCCUGACACUCGCGCGAAACCCGGGCCUGCAAAUGUCCCGCUGCACACACAAACCGUUGAAAGGGAAGAAGCGGUCUGCCACUGCUCUGGCGAGCCAGGGCGACGACGUCCUUGAUGGCGCUGACGUGUCCGACGACAGGGGAGGGGAAGACCAGCAUGGUGAUGGCGGCGAUGGGUGGCAGCAGGAGCCAGCAGAGGGCACGCCGAGCGACCAUGAUGGUGCUGUGGUGGAAGGGAGCGCAAGCGCCCACGAUGGCAGCAGGGAGCGACGGGAGUCGCAAGUGUCACACGUGUCACUUCGUCCCGAUGACGCAGCAAAGCGCAUUCCCCUCUCUGAUGUGUUGACGAUGAUGAUGAGGUGGGCGAUUGGUGUGGCUGCAGUGGCAGUGCUUGCGUGCGUGGCCGUGGGCCACAGCAGCGAGGGCUCCUUUGAGGAGAUGGGGUCGUGCCCUGCUGAGGGCUGCACUGCCACGGUUCGUCGCUCGCGCGUGCCGUGCAUGCUGGACGAUGAGGUGUGUCUUGGGUCUGUGCCGAAGAAAGGCGUGGUGAAGCCGCGCAAGGCGCUGUCAUCACAGUCCUUCUACCGCGAGCGUGCGCAGCGGCACUUCCAGCAGGCGCUGCAGUGGCUCCACGAGCACCAGUUCUCGUGCGACUGCUCCAAGUCCACCAUCUUCGCCCUGGAGCAUCCCUACGGCGAUGGAGACGGCUACGCCACGCGCCUCGGCCGGCUCGCCACGCGCAUUGUGCCGCGGCUGCUGGAGGGCGAGGUGUUUGUCGUGUCCGGCGGCUUCCGCGGGUACACGGACACGGAGCUGUGCGGCGACCGCGGCCUCGAGUGCGUGUACCGGCCAACCUCGUCGUGCUUGCCGAAGGGAGCCCAGCGCACGGACGUGCCGUGCAACUCCAUGUCGUCGCGCAGCGCAGGCAAGCCCCCAAAGCACCUGCUGAAGCACGGCCACGCGUGGUGGUUCGGUGUCCUUCUCUACUUCAUGCAGCGGCCCAAUCAGGACCUCGUCUCCUUUGUGCAGGAACACGUGAAGCCGCUGCCCUACAUCCCUCUGCUUCAGCCGCACCACGGCGCCAUCACCCCCGAGGACGAGCGGGCGUCGUGCUACAUUGGCGUGCAGAUCCGCAAAGGCGACAAGAACGAGGCACGCCCAUUCAAGGACAAGCACUACACGGAGCAAGCCGACUUUAUGGCCAGCGAGCUGCUUGGGCACGGGCUCAUGACACCAUGGCGUGACCCGUUGGCGAGCGCUGCUGAGGCGGACGGCAGCAGCGAGCAAGGCAGCGCGCAGUCGGAGACGGCGGACGGUGGUGAUAAGGGCAGCGAAUAUGGCAAGGACAAGGACAAGGACAAGGACAAGGACAGUGAUGGCAGCAAGCAGAAGGAGACGCAGGAGCAAGAACAUGAGAAGAAGGCAGCGGAGCAGGCAGCGGAGAAGGCGGAGGAGGAGGAAGAGGAGGAGAAGGAAAAGGUGCUGGCGUUCCUGGCCACGGACGACAAGAAGACAGCCAAGCGUAUCCGCAAGAAGGCGGUCAAGGGGUGGGACCACUUGCGCUUUGUCAUGCUGAACAACAGCGACACGCGCGGUGUUGGGCGGCCAGGCCAGUCUGUCGCCAACUACCUCCUCCGCAAGUACGCAGGUGCGGAGAAGCAGUACCGCAUGACGAUGGAGAUUGCAGCAGACACUCUCAUCCUGUCCAACGCGUGCGGUCUUGUGGGGCUUGCCUCGUCCAAGAUCACGCUGGUCGCCGCAAGUGCCGCCACAGCCUCUGGUCGGCUACUCACCAUGCCUGUUGCUGUGGACGCUGCCAACGAAUACCGUGUGCGCCCCGUGAAGCAGCCGUCGUCGAGCGAGCGCGUGGCUCACUCGCUAUGGAACGCGCCCUACCCUCCUUUCCUUGACUCGUGCUGUGGGCCCAUGUGA